AUGUCUGCCUCAUUAGCUCCCGAAUGCAACGAGGUCAAGGAAAAGUACGAUACCUGCUUCUUGAAGUGGUACUCGGAGAAGUAUCUCAAAGGUCAUUCAUCUACAGAUGAGUGCGAAGGGUUAUUCAAGCAGUAUAGAAGCUGUCUUACGAAGGUCCUCAAGGAGAAGGGCAUCGACAGCAUGCUCACGGAAGCACGGAUCGACACGCCUGAGACAGAUGCGGAGCACUUGAAGCGAUGA